UUGCAGUUGGUGAAGAAGACGCGAAAUUCUCGAGUACGGCCUUUGCAAAACUGCCAUCAAAACUAACACGAGAGAAGGUGAAGGGAAAAUGAAUUACGGCGACAAUUUCCCGGAAAUGGAUCUGAUGCGGUCGGAGAAAAUGAAUUUUGUGCAGUUAGUUAUUCCAGUGGAGUCGGCUCACUGCGCCAUUACUUAUCUCGGUGAACUCGGCCUUCUUCAGUUUCGCGAUUUAAAUGCUGAAAAAAAGCCCUUUCCAGCGGACAUUCGUUACCCAGAGAUGCAUAUUUGGCGGGCUUGAUCAAAUAUCGAGAUCCAUACCCUUUUGGUGUUGAUCCCAGCUGGCGUGGAAGCCGUAGGGAACUUCCUUUCCUGAACUCCCUUAAGAUGAAAAUGUCCAUUCUGUUGGGGGUUGCCCAGAUGAACUGAACCUAGGGAUCAUGCUUAGUUACUUUGAUGCAUGUUUCUUUGGUGAUUCGCUGGAUAUAAAGUAUCAGUUUGUGCCACAGAUGAUCUUUCUUAAUAGCCUUUUUGGUUAUCUCUCACUUCUCAUUUUGAUAAAGUGGUGCACCGGUUCUCAAGCUGACUUAUAUCAUGUGACGAUUUACAUGUUCCUGAGUCCAUUUGACGAGCUUGGUGAAAAUCAAUUGUUUUGGGGGCAGAGGGUAGUUCAGGUCAUUUUGUUGGUUGCAGCUCUUGUUGCUGUUCCUUGGAUGCUUUUGCCAAAACCUUUUAUUUUAAAGAGACUGCACUCUGAGAGAUUUCAAGGCCGGACCUACGGUGUUCUUGGAACCUCUGAAAUUGAUCCUGAUUCAGAACCUGGUUCUGCACGGCAACACAUUGAGGAAUUCAAUUUUAGUGAGAUCUUUGUGCAUCAAAUGAUACACUCUAUUGAGUUCGUACUGGGUGCAGUUUCUAAUACCGCAUCAUACCUGCGUCUCUGGGCUUUGAGCUUGCCUCACUCGGAAUUAUCCACUGUUUUCUAUGAGAAAGUCCUCCUCCUUGCCUAGGGAUAUAACAACAUCAUAAUUCAUUUGGUGGGGUUAGCAGUGUUUGUGUUUGCAACAGCAUUCACACUGUUGAUGAUGGAAACUCUUAGUGCUUUUCUUCAUGCAUUGUGUCUCCACUGGGUGGAAUUUCAAAAUAAGUUUUAUCAUGGCGAUGGUUAUAAGUUCAGACCUUUCUCCUUUGCCUUCCUAACUGAUGAUGACGAGUAAAAACACAGGAUGCAUAUAUACUUAAGAUUCUCCAAAGACCAAAUUACUACAGAAUUUUUUUUAUAUGUGUUAUACCAGCAUGAGCCAGCUGUUGUACAAACCAAUUUUGGCUGGAAGGGACAGUGGCGCUUUUUCGGUUUACGUGCUGCUCAAUCUGAUAUAUAGUAGAUGUUUAGUCAUGAUAGAUCCUUAAAAAAAGGAUGUAACUAAAGGUUUCCUGGUCUCUGUUCUAUUUAUUGUUACAGGAAUGAGAUGUAGUUGUAAAGAGGGGACCCUUUACAUGUAGCUCAUAUAUUGGUAUCCCUAUAGAUGAAUAGUUCCUAACUUUACAUGUAUAAUAAAUCGCAUACAAUUUUAGAUUUUGUUAGAAAAGUUUCUUGCAACUUAUUGUAACAAGUAAACUGGAACUCUAUUUGCUUUUA